UGGUGAUAACAGGUCGACGCAAUGUUUACAUUACAUUUUUCUGUUUCUUUUAAUUUUCUUCUUUGGUCGAGCUAGUCGAGCUACUUUCGACUUCCCUUCCGUCUUUCAUCGCCGGGAGAAUUAAGCUCAGCCACACAGUCUGCGAUAGGCAUCAAUUCUCCUUCCCACUUCUGAACGUCCAAGAACGAUGAAAGACCUGAUCAAAGGAAGUUGGGCCGAUGAAGUCGAAGACCACUUAGAAAAAACGACGCUGCCGCAGUCAAAGACCGAACAAAUAGGUAACAACCGGAUUAUAACAGAAUACCGGUGGAACAAAGAUGACAAGAAGGAAAAGGUAGUGCGUACCUACAAAAUCGAAAAACGUCUGGUAUCUAAAACGAUAGCGGAACGGAAGACGUGGCCCAAGUUCGGUGACUCGCGCAACGACAAGCCAGGGCCAAAUAUCGCAACGACCAUACCUUCUGAAGAAAUACAAAUGCAGUUCUUGUCUAGCAAGGAUGGAGACAAAGCAGAGGAGAACCCAUUAGACAAGCUCAAAAAUAUAAACAUGAACAUCAAGUGUCGUACUUGUGGCGGUGAACAUUGGUCUUUCUCAUGUCAUCUUAAGGGCACCGGAUUAAUUGUCGAGGACAAAAAAUUAGUGCAAGAGAAGAUAUCCGAACCAGAAAAGAACACAGGAACCAACAGGCCUUACAUCCCACCUUCGGCACGAGAAGGAGCUACUAAUACCGCUGGAAAACGAGAUCCAUACUCCCGUGGCUAUGACGAGGUACCAGCUAUUCGUAUUGAAAAUCUUUCAGAGAGCACGUCAGAAGCAGAUUUGAGUGAAUUAGUCAAUAAGUUUGGGCAGAUUGCUAGAAUAUUCUUGGCUUCUAAUAAGGUUACAGGCGCAUGUAAAGGCUAUGCGUUUGUAAAUUUCAAAUCUAAAAUAGAUGCUGAACGAGCCAUCAAGGGCUUACAUGGUUAUGGAUAUGAUCAUUUAAUAUUGAAUGUUGGUUGGUCAACAAAUAACUAUAAAGCUGCAUAAAAUUUGAAUACAUGUAUUUGAUGGAUUUUCUAAAUGUUUAAUUGUUAUAUCAUAAUAAUAAUUGUAAAUUAUUUUGUUAUAAUAUUGUUGAACCACAAAUUACAAACUUUCAUGAAAAAUUAUUAUUUGUCUGCCAAUUUACAACCAAAUUUAUGAUGGCAAUCACAUUUCUUGUGUUUGAUAGUUUAAAUUAUAUUAUUUUCAGCAUUUAUUAAAUAACAAACAGCAAAUCUCUUUUCUGAUAUUUUACUUCCAAACACUGAUAAAUAAGGUAUGAGGAGGAACAGCUGUGAAUACAGAAUUUUAGCUAUAAAGAUAAGUAAAUAAAAUAAAUGAAUGAUUAWUAAAUAGAAGCUGCUUUUUAACACCAUAAACCAUUUUUAGAUUURUUGAUUUUGAUAAGCAUGGCUAAAUAACUUAUUUA